GACAACCUAACGAAUCCUUGCAGGACGUUAUCUCUUAUUCAUCACUUCCCUUGAACGAACCCUAUUUCCCAUUUCCUUUGAAAUGCCUAAUUAAUAAAAAAAAUGGAAGCUCUCAAAUCCUCCUUCAUCUCUACCACCCAAUUCAAAACCCCAAAAAACCCCAAAUCCAAAUCCAAAUCCAAAUCCAAACCCAAACCACCGUCCAUCCUCUCCACCUCAGUCACUCCAGACCCAUGGUCUCUCAGCGACGGCAACAGCAACAAGAACCUCAAUAGACCAAAACCCAAGUCGAAGAAUCCGAAGAACCCACUCACCGACGACAACGCUCGUCGCAUAAUCAAAGCAAAGGCUCAAUACCUGAGCGUGUUGAGGCGUAACCAAGGCUCACUCGCUCAGACCCCGAAAUGGAUCAAGAGGACCCCUGAGCAGAUGGUGCAGUAUUUGGAAGAUGACAGGAAUGGCCACAUGUACGGAAGACACGUCGUUGCGGCGAUACAGCGCGUUCGGAGUCUCUCCGGGAAGCCUGAGGGGUCGUAUGAUAUGAGGGAAGUAAUGGGGUCUUUUGUUGCAAAGCUUUCGUUUAGAGAGAUGUGUACUGUGUUGAAAGAACAAAAGGGGUGGAGACAAGUGCGGGACUUCUUUGCCUGGAUGAAAUUGCAGUUAAGCUACCGGCCCAGCGUUAUUGUCUAUACAAUUGUUCUUCGUAUGUAUGGUCAAGUUGGAAAAAUCAAGCUUGCCGAGCAAACCUUCUUGGAGAUGCUUGAAGCAGGGUGUGAGCCAGAUGAAGUUGCUUGUGGAACCAUGCUGUGUGCAUAUGCUAGAUGGGGACGCCACAAGGCCAUGUUGUCAUUUUAUUCUGCUGUACAAGAAAGGGGGAUUAUGCUCUCUGUUUCAGUUUUCAAUUUUAUACUUUCAUCAUUGCAGAAGAAAUCACUCCAUGGAAAUGUUAUAGAGAUUUGGAGGCAGAUGGUUUAUAAAGGGGUACUGCCUAAUCAUUUUACUUAUACAGUUGUCAUCAGCUCAUUUCUAAAAGAAGGCAUAAUUGAGGAAGCAUUUAAGACUUUUGAAGAGAUGAAAAACUUGGGGUUCAUACCAGAGGAGGUAACUUAUAGUCUCCUUAUUAGUUUAAGCUCAAAAAAUGGUGACCAGGAUAAAGCACUUGAACUUUAUCAAGACAUGCGAUCACAAAGAAUAGUUCCAAGUAAUUUUACAUGUGCAUCACUUCUAGCUAUUUAUUACAAAAAUGGGGAUUAUGCUAAGGCUGUUUCUUUGUUUUCAGAAAUGGAAAGCCAUAAAAUUACAGUAGAUGAAGUCAUAUAUGGUUUACUUAUUAGGAUAUAUGGAAAACUUGGUCUUUAUGAGGAUGCCAAAAAAACGUUUAAAGAGAUUGAGAAGCUGGGCCUACUCAGUAAUGAGAAAACAUAUAUAGCAAUGGCACAAGUCCAUCUCAAUUCAGGAAAUUGUGAGAAAGCCUUGGGAAUUAUGGAACUAAUGAGGUCAAGAAACAUUUGGUUUUCACGAUUUGCUUAUAUUGUCUUGUUGCAAUGUCAUGUCAUGAAGGGAGAUCUGGCAUCUGCUGAAGCUACAUAUCAAGCUCUAUCGAAGACUGGACAUCCUGAUGCUAGUUCUUGCAAUGACAUGCUCAAUUUAUUUAUGAGACUGGGAUUAACAGAAAAGGCCAGGGAUUUUAUUAUCCAGAUUAGGAAAGAUCAAGUAGAAUUUAGUGAGGAGCUUCUCAAGACGGUGAUGAAGGUAUAUUGCAAGGGGGGACUGCUAAGUGAUGCAGAGCAGUUGAUUGAAGAUAUGAGUACUAGUGAAUCAUUUAAUGAUAGUAAGUUCAUUCAAACAUUUUAUCUGGCUAUGCAUAGAGAAUCCAGGGGACUAGACGAAGUUGAAGAUCCUAUUGAGCCCUCGGACCAAGCUUGUAGUAUGGCUUUCACGCUGAUGCUUAGUCUGUAUUCAGCAGAUCGAAAUGCCAAUAAGACAGCAAAAGUACUUUUAUUGCUGCUCAAGACUGCUGAUGGCUUGUCCCUGGCCAGUCAACUCGUCAGCAAAUUCAUUAAAAAAGGUGACAUAUCAAAAGCAGAAUUCCUUUAUCAGCUGCUGAUCAAGCUUGGCUGUAAGCCAGAGGAUGCUGCAAGUGCGUCUCUGAUUAGCUUAUACGGAAAGCAACAGAAGUUAGAACAAGCCCAGAAAAUCUUUGAGGCAGUGGUGGAUUACUCUACGACUAGAGAAACUUUAUAUAAUGCCAUGAUUGAUGCAUAUGCCAAUUGUGGGAAGCCAGAGGAUGCAUACUUGUUCUACAAAGAAGUGACUGAGAAAGGGCAUGAUUUUAGUGCUGUUGCCAUCAGCAUACUUGUGAAGGCUUUGACUAAUGGUGGUAAAUAUCACGAGGCAGAGAAUGUCAUUCGUAGUAGUUUUCAUGACAGCUUGGAGCUUGAUACUGUGGCAUACAAUACAUUUAUAAAGGCAAUGCUGGAAGCAGGUAGAUUGCAUUUUGCAGCAAGCAUUUAUGAGCGCAUGGUUUCCUUUGGGGUAACUCCAUCAAUCCAAACUUAUAACACCAUGAUCAGUGUUUAUGGACGAGGCCGAAAUCUGAAUAAAGCUGUAGAGAUGUUCAACAUUGCUCAAAGCAUGGGAGUAUCCUUGGAUGAGAAGGCAUACACGAAUCUGAUAUGCUAUUAUGGAAAGGCUGGUAAAAUACAUGAAGCAUCCCUUCUAUUUAGCAAAAUGCAGGAAGAAGGAAUAAGACCUGGAAAGGUCAGCUACAAUAUUAUGAUCAAUGUAUAUGCUAAAGCAGGACUUCAUCGUGAAGCAGAGGAACUUUUUCAAGCUAUGCAGAAAGAGGGUUGCUUACCGGACUCUUUGACCUACCUCGCCCUAGUUCGAGCUUAUACAGAGGGACUGAAAUACUCAGAGGCAGAGGAAGUCAUUAUUUUAAUGCAGAAGCAAGGAAUUCCCCCUACCCGUGCUCAUUUUAACCUCUUACUUGCAGCUUUUGCAAAAGUGGGUUUGAUCCAGGAAACUGAGAGAGCACAUAAAAAGCUAAUUGACUCUGGUUUAAGUCUCGAUCUUGCAUGUUAUCGUACUAUGCUGAGAGGUUACAUGGACUAUGGACAUGUGGAAGAAGGCAUCACCCUCUUUGAAAGGAUAAGUGGUGGAUGUGUGGAACGAGACAGGUUUAUUAUGAGUGCAGCUGUGCACUUCUACAGGUCAGCAGGCUUGGAACAGAGAGCUGAAGGUGUUCUAAACUCCAUGAAAAGUUUGGGGAUCUCAUUCCUGAAUAACCUUGAAGUCGGAUCAAAGACAAAAACUCCUUGAUAUAUCAGAAACAACCUAAGCCCACAUGCGAUUAUAUAUUUGUGGAUGGACAGUAAAAUCCAUGGGAGAUUCCAAAACUUGAUGAUAAAAGAAGUUAAAAGAUAAUCAAUUAUAUAUCAUAUGCUUGCAUACCAGAGGUGGCGUGAUUGUAUACUGGUCCAGAAAUGUCCUAAUGCUCAUAUGUGGUGCGGUGAAGAGCUUCUGUUCCUCAAAUUUUCAAAGGCUGCAGGUUUUAUUGGCCUUAAAAGUUUUCAGGAUCAAUGAUAUCCAGGAUUUUGCAAACCAGCUGGGUUAAGUUUAAUCAACACGGCAGGAUCCCUUGUGCUCGUAUCCUUUUCUGCUGACGGCUGAAGUUUAAUGUUCACUCUUCUCUCUCCAUGUAUUAAAAAAACACUCAUAUGUGUGGCUCUAGAGAAGAUGACGGCAACGUCGAUACUCCUUCCCUAUAGCUUGAGUUAGGGUUAUAGUGUAAGCUACUAAACUGGUGGUUGACAUACACAUUCAGAUUCAACAAUUCCAUUUGUUGCCUAAACUUUGACAUGUACAUCAAACUAUAGUUGGAUUAUGGUUACCGAGGCAACUGAAUCAAAUUGGAUCCAUGCAGGAUUGUAAUCUACUUUUGUCAUCCGAUUUACCUGAGUUGACUUUUAUUGUAGGUAACUGUAAAAGGACAUUAUAUAUAUAUAUACUUCAACCAAAAAAAAAAGAAAAAAAAGAAAGACAUUAUAUAUAUAUAUAUAUAUUUCCCUAGUGUUGAUCAAUAUUUUUUUAUUAUCAUGUGAAAGAAAUAUCUUUCUUAUUCUUUUCUA